GUUUCCUUUCCACGUGGGAGUCGCAGCGAUGGCCACGGAGGAGAGUCAGUCUCCGUCGCCUGGACCUCUGGACUUGGGGGAGAGAAUAGGUGCAGACCUGCCGGCCGCACUAACCCUGUUGAAAUCCCUCCAAGACCAGGUGGUUGUGGUGACUCAUCACGUUCAGUGCCUAGCGCAGAAGGUGCGGGCGGGGGCCUACCCCACAGAAAAGGGCCUCAGUUUCUUGGAAGUGAAGGACCAGCUCCUCCUCCUCUACCUUCAAGAUCUCUCUCACCUGAUCCUGGAGAAAACGUCGGGACGCUCCGUGGCCGAGCACCCGGCCUUGCUGCGCUUGGUGGAAACCCGAACGGUGCUGGAGAAGAUGCGCCCCAUUGAUCAGAAACUGAAGUACCAGGUGGACAAAUUGGUCAAGGCGGCCGUGACUGGGGCCCUGGGUGAAAAUGACCCGCUGAGGUUCAAGCCGAAUCCCAGCAACCUGAUGAGCAAGCUCAGCGACUCAGAAGAGAGCAAAGAUGGCGAAGCUGCUGACGGUGCAAAGGCUUCUGGGAAAGGGACGGCCAAAGGCGGGAGCAGGAAAUACGUCCCGCCGCGCCUGGUGCCCGUACAUUACAACGAAACGGAGGCGGAGAGAGAGAAGAAGGCGCUGGAGCAGGCCAAGAAGCGAGCCCUCAGCAGCUCGAUCAUCCGGGAGCUGAAAGAGCAGUACUCGGACGCCCCGGAGGAGGUCCGGGAAGGGCGCUACGCCCACGCCACCAGGCGGAGCCGAGAGGACGAACACCGGACCAACUAUGAGGAGAGCAUGAUGGUCCGUCUCAACAUGACUCGGAAGGAGAAGGCCCGCCGGAGGCGAGAGGGGGCCCUCGGCUCCCAACUCAGCUCCCUCACCCAUUUUGGGGACAUCAGUGCGUUGACGGGGACAGCCGCCCCGUCGGGAGAGGGUUCGAGCCCGCAAAAGAAGAAAAGGAAGACGGUCGGCACGAAACGAGGAAAGAAGAAAAAAGGUUUCCACAGGAGGCGAUAACCCCUUCACUGCUCGGGGGCUGAUCUCUGUUAGCCCCCCAAUGCCUCGGAGUUACACACCUGCUACCACAUCUUGGGGGGGGGGGGUGCGGUGAGGGAGAGACAUUUGCCAGCAAUAAAACUCGGGAGUGUCAUCUUCUCCUGCCUAAAAA